AUGGAAUUUGCCGCGUUCAGGUCUCCUCACUUAUACCCACCGCCACCAACGAUCCUACAAAGACUAGCGGGCAUUGACAGAUUAAGUUUCGACGCGAAUUUGCUCCAGUUCCAGCACUACGUCCGCUAUAGCGAACCUCUGGAAUUGACCACGUCCAGUCCAUUGGAUUUGAGUGUCAAAACCACUCAAGUGCCCAUCACUCCGCCUUGCACUCCGUCGCCGAAGAUCAGAACACCUUCUAGUCCCACUCCAGAAGUACCAUGUAAGAAAAUCAAGUUUUCACCUACACCAAAAAAAUCCAAAGCAAUCAGAAAACUCCAGUUCGACGAAGACAACAGUUCGCCAGUAUCCGGUACCAUCAUUAGAGAACUACGUCCCGACGAACACUUGGUAGUACGAAAAGGCGACAUCGAUCCGGCCUUCAACGUCGUCGAAGUAACCGAAGAAGCCAAGGCGGAACUCGCGAAAAUCGAAAACCAUAUUGGCGACUACGUCUGUAGAUUGUGCAAGGAAUUGUACGAGGACGCUUUCGGAUUGGCCCAGCAUAGGUGUUCGAGAAUCGUCCACGUAGAGUACCGUUGUCCGGAAUGCGACAAAGUGUUCAAUUGUCCGGCGAAUUUGGCUUCGCACAGACGAUGGCACAAGCCGCGACCUGCCAAAGAACCGAAACUGCCAUCGGAAGAAGGGGUGACGAGCGAGUCAGAGUCCGGGGAACAUUUUCCCUGUAGCGAGUGUGGGAAAACUUUUAGAAGGGAAAUCCAGGAUACUCUGGAUACCAAUUGA